GAUAUAUUUUUGGUGGGCAGACCCGACCCGAUCGCGAAGGAUUAGGCGGGUUUGAAUUGUGAAAUUGGGAAAUCGGAAAGAGAAAACCAGUAGUUCCAGGCAGAGAGAGAGAGAGAGAGGGCGAUGGUGACGGUAUUAGACGAGGAAGAUCAGAAUUUGGCUCACUUCCUCGAAUCCCAGGUUCUCUCCCACGUUUCGGACCAGGAGGAAGAAGAAGGAGAAGAGGAGCCGAAAGCAAAGAAAAGCCGUCAAGAAGAAGAAGAAGAAGAAGGAGGAAAAUCGGGUUCGGGUUCGGGUUCUUCAUGGAGGAGAAUUGAAUCGGGAAUUUUCAGUAAAAUCCCUCCCGAACUCUUUCCUCACAUCCUCAAAUUCCUCUCUUCUGAGGAUCUGGUUGCAUGCGCACAUGUUUGUAGAUUCUUAAGCAACGCAGCCUCCGAUGAAUCCCUCUGGCGUCGCUUGUAUUGUAUGCGAUGGGGUCUUUUGCCUCCUUCAAACAAACUGCGUCAAUGUCCUUGGAAAAAGCUUUAUAUUCAGCGUGAUGAAGAGGACAUGGUGGAACUUGUAAGGAAUUGUCCGGCUGAGUUUAAAGAGUAUUACAUCCAAAUGCAAGCUGCCAAGAGAAGCCAAGCACCUCUUCCUUCACAGGUGGUGAUUGAUGACCGCAUAAUCCUUGACAAGACAGUAGCUGAUCAAGUGUCUAUGUGGAAAAGCAGUAGAGGACUGACUGAUAAUGUAGUUAUGGAUCAUGCUUGUUCUGGAGAAACGUGUUCUUACUAUCAAAUUGGAGAUGUAUUUGUUUGCGAGAAGACCGGACAUGUUCAUGUUUGUGAUGAUACAUGCCGAGAAGCUGUUAUGGAUCCGACGAACGAGGUUUUAGUGUGUACAAUAUCCGGGCAUUGUUUCGACGGGUUACUCUCACCAGCUGAAAUGGAGCCGGAUGUUGAACAGCAACAAGGUGGUGGUACAGAUGAGGCGGAACCAUUUAUGGGAUCCGGCCGCUUUGCCAGAGCGUACUUGUUGGGAUAUAAUUGUGCUGAUGAGAAGGAGCUCGAAGCUGCUUUGAGGUUUUGCUGAAUCCCAAAAAGAGAACCAAGCAACAAGAAAUGUCGUUUAUUAUUUUGUUUAGGAAUAAUGUUCAAUUCAGACAACUAUGUAUGUAAUUUAUAUAUCUAAAAAUAGAUAUGAUAGGCGUACUUGUUAAUAUCCCAAAAAAAAAGGAAAAAAGAAAAGCCUACUUCGUUCGGUACUUUUGUCGCUUAGAUUUAUGUAUGGUUUGUAUUUUGUAAUUGUAUCCAAGUUUUUCAAUUU